AAAAAAAUCGGUUUGGCUUAUUUGGCUUUUUUUCAUGGCUAGUGAAAAAAGCCAGAAAUAAGACAGACGGCCAAACCAAUUUUUUUCAAGCCAAACGACUUUGACGCCAGCCAGUUUGGCUUAAAAUGAGCCGAUCUGGCGGAAAUGCCAGGGAAUCUUCAGCGUGGAAUCCUGCAGCCGCUCGGUCCUGUGAUCUUGGCAGAGCGUGAGAUCUUUUCUACGGGACCGGCGUUUGGUUUUUUCCUUGCCUCAGAGAUCUCCCCGGAACGGGAAUGGGAUAAUAUUCUGCACGCACACUUGACGCACCAUUCCCUCCUUACUUUCGGUUUCCAUUCGAUAACCUGGCGGGACGGCCCAGCAGGAGGAGGGAGGAGGAGCAAUAUCGUCUCUUCCGAUCCGCUCACAAUCCCACCCCCUAGAGGAGAAGAAGGGAAUUGAGAGAGGAGGAAAGAGGAGGGGCCUGAGCAGGAAGCAGUCCGGCAAGGCAAAGGCACGGUCUCAUCUCGGCUGGUGCUGUAUUUCCUUGGAGAGAAGUGGGAGGUCGGUGCCCAGAGGGAGCAAAGAGAUCACCGGCCCCUAUUUCUUUCUACAGGGAGCUGCAAGAAGCCUCCUAAACGGAGAGCUGAAGCUUCCAAACUUCCUGGGGGUUGCUGCAGGGGAGGACUGCGAUGAAUGCCAGGUGCUGGAAUGACACUGCCAAUGUAUUCUCAGACAUCUCUUCUUUCUGGUGGCAUGGAAGAAGCUUCAAUAUUAGCAGAUCAGGGUCUAGUGACCUUUGCGGAAGUGGCUGUGUACUUCAGCGAGGAGGAAUGGGCUAUGCUGGAUAAGGACCAAAAAGCCCUGCAUGGGGAAGUCAUGCAGGAGAAUUAUAGGAAUGUGGCUUCUCUGGGUGACAUGUGGGAGAGUGAGAAUGAGAGAGAAUCUCAUGGAGGAUUGUUGGGAGGUGCCAGAUGGGAAAAGGGGGAACAGAGAAUGAAAACUGACACAGAAGAGAAGAGGAGAAAUGGAUCUCCUGCUUCUUGGCAUAGUGACCUCCAUGAAAUGAUAAGCCAGGAGAAAUCGGAGAAAGAAGCGGAAGCGAAAGAAGAAGAAUCGGAGAAAGAGGGAAGUAAGUGCCCUGCAUGCAAGGAAAACUUCAGUUUUGGAUCCAGCCUUCCAUGUCAGUGGAAAAUGCACACAGAGGGGAAAGCAUAUAAAUGCUUCGAAUGUGGGAAGAGCUUCAGUCGGAAUACACACCUUAUUAGACAUCGGAGAAUCCACACUGGGGAGAAACCAUAUAUAUGCUUGGAGUGUGAAAAAAGCUUCAGUGUAAAAUCAAGCCUGACUACACAUCAAAGGAUUCACACAGGAGAGAAACCAUAUACAUGCUUAGAAUGUGGAAAGAGCUUCACUUGUUUGGGAAGUCUUAAUAAACAUCAAAGUACCCAUACCGGAGAGAAACCAUAUCAAUGCUUGGUGUGUGGAAAGAGAUUUCGUUUCAAUGGAGGCCUCACUUUACACCAAAGGAUUCACACUGGAAUUAAACCAUAUAAAUGCUUGGAAUGUGGAAAGAGCUUUACUCAGAAUCAAAGUCUUACUAGACAUCAGAGGAUCCACACUGGAGAAAAACCAUAUAAAUGUUUUGAAUGUGAGAAGAGCUUCCGUGAGAGAGGAAAACUUACUAAACAUCAGAGAAUCCACACUGGAGAGAAACCACAUAAAUGCUUGGAAUGUGGGAAGACAAUCAGAUUUAAGACUAGUUUCUGUAGAAGAUGGAGGAAAAGACACACAGAAGAGAAACCAUAUGGUUGCUUGGAGUGUGGGAAAAGAUUCCACAAAACUGACUCACUUAUGUCACAUCAAAGGAUUCACACAGGAGAGAAACCAUAUAAAUGCUUGGAAUGUGGAAAGGGCUUCAUUCAAAAGUCACAUCUCACUUCACAUCAACAUAUCCACACAGGUGAGAAACCGUAUACAUGCUUGGAGUGUGGAAAGAGCUUCAGUCAAAGUGCAAAUCUCACUUCACAUCAAAGAAUCCACACAGGGGAGAAACCAUAUAAAUGCUUGGAGUGCGGAAAGAGCUUCAGUCAAAGUGAAAAGCUGACUUCACAUCAAAGGACUCACACAGGCGAGAAACCAUAUACAUGUUUGGUGUGUGGAAAGAGCUACAGUCAAAGUGCAUAUCUCACAUCACACCAAAGGAUUCACACAGGAGAGAAACCAUAUAAAUGCUUGGAGUGUGGAAAGAGCUUCAGUCAAAAUAUACAUCUUACUUCACACCAAAGGACUCACACAGGAGAGAAACCAUAUACAUGCUUGGAGUGUGGAAAGAGCUUCAGUCAAAGUGCAAAUCUCACUUCACAUCAAAGAAUACACACAGGGGAGAAACCAUAUAAAUGCUUGGAGUGUGGAAGGAGCUUCUGUCAGAGUACAAAGUUGAGUUCACAUCAGAGGACUCACAGAGGGGAGAAACCAUAUCCAUGCUUGGAGUGUGGAAAGAGCUUCAGUCAAAGUGCAUAUCUCACUUCACACCAGAGGAUUCACACAGGAGAGAAACCAUAUAGAUGCUUGGAGUGUGGAAAGGGCUUCAGACACAGUACAAACCUGAUUUCUCAUCAAAAGCUUCACACUUGUUGAAACCAUAUAAAUGGUAUGGUUUAUCCUUUACUGUGUUAAACCAUCCCACCUUCUGGAUAAUUCCUUGAUUGCUUAUGAUAAUACUCUGCUCCUUUCAUAGCCCUUGUCUUUCACUGUGCUCAAAAUGGCACACUUUGGCCUACAUUUUGUUGCACAUGGAUGACCUUAAGAUCAUUACCUGGAAUGUCAGAGGGCUCUCAGCACCUAAAAAAUGGAGCCAAGUUCUUCCAGGGGGAAAGUUGAUAUUGCCGUACUCCAGGAAACCCACCUGAAAGUGGCUGAGUGUAUUCAGAAAGCCUGGGUGGGUAACAUUAUUCUAGCUAGCAUCUCUUCCAAAGCUUGGGCUGUUAAAUUGUUUUUUAAUGAAAAGCUUCACGUAAUUAUUUUGGACACAUUGCUUGAUGGAAAGGGUACAUUCCUCCUAACAAAGGUUAGAGGCAAUGGUCAGUUGUUCACCUUUUGUGAUAUUUAAGGCCAAAUUCAGACAAUCCUGACUUUUCAAUAGAUCUCACAUUUGUGAAUAUGACUGUGAUGUUAUCCUUGGAGGAGAUUUCAGUGAAGUGCUGAACCCCCUUCUCGACAGGAAUAUGAAUCGAUUUGCUGCAUCCAGGUUAAUUAUUGAACAAACCAUGUCAGAUCUUGGACUUUGAUAGUUGGAGAUUACUCAGCCCAACUUGCCAUGAAUAUACAUUGAUAUCACCAGUCCAUAA